UGUUGUUGUCUGUACACAAAAAUUAAAAAUUAAAAAAAAUGGGGUGUGCCCAAUCGAAAAUAGAAAAUGAAGAAUCGGUUUCUAGAUGUAAAGAGAGGAGGAAUCUAAUGAAAGAUGCUGUUUCUGUGAGAAAUGCAUUCGCAUCAGCCCACUCCGGCUAUUCUGUAUCUCUUAAAGAUACCGGAGCGGCAUUGAGCGAUUACGCUCAAGGGGAGGUCCCCCAUCCCCCACCUGAUGACGUGGCACCACUGGACCCCACCGUUUCAGAACGUCCCCCACCGCCGCCUCCGCCUCCGCCGCCCAUGGAGUCCAGCCUCCCCCCACCCCCUCCGCCCCUCCCGAACUUCUCCCCUAUGCCCCCACUUAAACGGGCUGUUACAAUGCCAGCUGCGCUGUCGGAGAAUAUGAAGGGCAAGAAGAAAGGCAUUGCGGUUGAUGAUAGUGAUGUUUACGAACAAGAAGAUGAGGAUGAGGAGGAGGAGGAGGAGGAGGAGGAGGAGAAAGGAGGGUUUCGCCGGAGGAAGAAAGGGGCUGAGGAGGUGGUGACGCCGAUUAGACCGCCGCCCAAUCCGGCGACCCCACCGGAGAAUAGGGGAAUGGCGUGGGAUUAUUUCUUUAUGGAUAAUAUGCAGAGGCCGAAUUUGGACGAGGUGGAGGAGGAAAGGGAAGGUUAUGUGGAGGGUGUAACUGGAAAUUUUGGCAAUGUUGGUGGUGGUGGUGGUGGUGGAGAUAUGGAGUUUAGAACGCCGGAGAAGCAAGUGGGGUUCGAGGGUAUUGAGGAGUUUAAGACACCGGAGGAUACUCCGGUGGGUGGUGGUGCCGCCGAGAAGCAGUUUCUGCAUUCGAAUACGGCUCCUCCGGCAAUGGGUAGAGCUGCCGCUAGCGCGGUGGGGAAAAACAACUGUGAUUUGUUGAAUAUUUUGAGUGAGAUUGAUGAUCAUUUCCUUAGGCUCUCAAAGCGCGCUGGAGGUUCCGUUAUGCUCGAAGCUACGAGAUUGCACUACCAUUCGAAUUUUGCGGAUAAUCGAGGACACAUAAACCAUGCAGCAAGGGUAAUGCAAGUUAUUACAUGGAACAAGUCUUUCAGAGGAGUUCCUAAUGGUGAUGGUGCUAAAGAUAAUUUCGAUCCAGAAGAUUACGAAACACAUGCCACCGUUUUAGAUAAGUUGCUAGCUUGGGAGAAAAAACUUUACGAAGAAGUCAAGGCAGGGGAGCUAAUGAAACUUGAAUAUCAAAGAAAGGUGGCGAUGCUGAACAGACUGAAAAAACGUAAUGCAAGUUCGGAGCAACUAGAGAAAGCGAAAGCUGCUGUUAGCCAUUUGCAUACAAGGUAUAUAGUGGAUAUGCAAUCAUUGGAUUCGACUGUAUCGGAAGUGAAUGAUAUACGCGACAAGCAGUUAUUUCCUAAACUCGUGUCUCUCGUUCAAGGGAUGACAAAGAUGUGGGAAUCAAUGUGCACGCACCACGACAGCCAGCUCAGCAUAGUCUCGAACCUAAAAUCACUCGAGAUCUCCGGGUCCCUCAUCGAGACCACAAAACACCACCACGAGCGGACGAAUCAGCUGUCGGCAGUUGUCGACCAGUGGCACUCCCAAUUCGAAAAGCUCGUCAACAACCAAAAACAGUACAUCAACUCCCUCAACAGCUGGCUCAAGCUAAACCUCAUCCCAAUCGAGAGCAGCCUAAAGGAAAAAGUCAGCUCACCCCCACACACCCCCACCCCCCCAAUCCACCCCCUCCUCCGAUCAUGGCACGACCUCCUCGAGAAGCUCCCCGAUGAGGUGGCAAAAACGGCUAUUUCGUCUUUUGCUGCCGUGAUUAAAACAAUAGGCAUUCAUCAAGAGGAAGAAAUGAAGAUGAAGGAGAAGUACGAAGAAACGAGGAGGGAGUACUAUCGGAAGAAGCAGUCUUUCGAAGAGUGGUACCAAAAGUACAUGCAGAGGAGGGCGGGGCAAAAUGACGAAAACGACCCUGAUAAGGGGGUGAAGGACCCCGUCUCGGAGAGGCAGUUUGUGGUGGAUAGUUUGAAGAAGAGGUUAGACGAAGAAAUGGAGGAGCAUCAAAAGAUGUGUGUUCAGGUGAGGGAGAAGUCGCUCGGGAGUUUGAAGAUUCGUUUGCCCGAGCUUUUUAGGGCGCUUUCCGACUAUGCCCAUUCGUGUUUCGAUGCUUAUCAAAGGUUGAGAUUGAUUAUAAUGUCACAAGGAAAUAAAUAGGGGGUUUCUUUAAUUAUGUGUUUUGUGGAGGUUUAUUUAUUUAUUUAUGAACUUGUUGUAUAAUGUUGCAGUUUUUCUUGCAAGAUUUUUGUUGUAUGUGAGAAUAACUUGGUUUGUUGUAGACUUUUUGUAUUUAAAAAAAGUUUUAUUAUUUAUAUAAUGAGGGUUAUAACU